UGUUUACAUCCACGUGCGUUGGUGCACUUGUUUGGCGACGAUCUGUGCUGUUUCGGGGAGUUUCGGCGAGCGGUUCAUGUUUCUUGGUGGCCGGCAAACAUGGGUGCCAGCUCCGCCAGUGCCAUCAACAUGAUGGACACGAUGGACGAUCACGUUUACUGCAACUCGACCACAACGACGGUAGCCGCUCCGGUGACGGUGACUUCACCGAGUGCCGUUACCACGUCUAUCACGGCAACGACGGUGGCGGCUGGGUCGCGCGAACUGCCGAAGCUGGCCUGCGUUGCCCAGGACUCGUCCAAUAGCGACGAUCAGUUCCACCAGUCGUCCCCAUCGCAGUACUCCCCGUCACCGUCAUCACCGUUUCCAUCGUCACCGCAGCCGGCAUCACCGAGACCAUCGUCACCGGUACCGUCGUCAUCGGUGCCAUCCUCACCGGCUCCGUCCUCACCGGCUCCGUCCUCUCCGUUACCUUCGAUGGAGGACGAAACGCUCAUGAUGGAGGAUGAAGAGUCGCAGCCGGAACCGUCGUACCCGGUGGAAAAGAACGUACAGAUUAAGCAGGAACCGGGUGAGAAUGAAGCGGAAGCAGAGUUUGUGAGUGAUGUGUACGAUUAUGGAGCGCACAAUGGGAACGAACACGAGCUGAUCAAUCCGGACGAAAGUGAGUACGAGGAGGAGGAAAGUGAGCAGGAUGGUGAUGAGGCGGACGAUUACUCGAACAAUAUGGCAUCGGACAGCGGGGUACUGACGGACGAUCAGCAAGGAGAUGACCCGGGGGAUGGUAACAAUGAGCCCGAGGCAAUGGCUGAAGCACUCGUGGCGAUGAAGGAAGUGAAGCAGCUGCAAUCGAUCCUGCUUCUUCAUCUCGAUCUCAUACAGGAGCAAGGUGACCAGAUACUAAACAAGGACAAAAUGAUCAAUCGGUUAAAGGAUGAGAACGAAGUACUGAAGCACCAGCUCGAUCAGGCUAAUCGGCGCAUUUCGAUGAUGAUGAUGCAUCUGCAACAGAAUGGCCUGGCCCUGCCGGUUGAUGACCAGCAGCAACAGUUGCUAAUGCAACCGAAACCGGAAGGAACCGUUUCACCGCUUACGAUCCGUAGCCAGAUGGAAAAUGGGCGGCUGAGAACGAUCAUCAUGAAAUCAUCCGCUUCACCACCUUUCGUGUCGUCGAGUGUGGCGGACGGUGCACUGUACGGACCGUGUUUACCGAUUCGCAAUCCGGAAGUAAGCAGCACCGUAUCGCCGGCAAAGGAGGAAGAUCCGGCAGACGAAAUAGUGCUGCAGAACGGUGCACUAGAGUCACCGUACUACAACAACGAGGAGGAUGAUGAGGACGACGAUGACGAAGGAGACGAUGAGGAGGAUGAGGAGCAGGACGGACAGGAAGAAUUCCACACAGAAAAUAAUGAAGUUGAUGGGGAAAUUUUCCUCAACUAUUCCAAAUCGGACGACGAUGAAUCUCUUUCGCUUCGGAUGAAUGACGACUUUGAUGAGCAGCAGGAUGAGGAGGAUGAUGCGGAGGAAGAGGAGGAAGGGGAUGAUGAGGAGGAAGAGGAAGAAGAGGAGGAGGUAGAUCAGGAUUUGUAUUCCGAGCAGCAGCAGCAGCAGCAUCAGCAGUUUGUGUUGCUCCAGCAGCCAGAGCAAAUGUACGAGAAUUACAACGGAAUGCAUCAACAAUCGGAAGAGAUGGAUGCGGACGAAGAGGAGGAGGAAGAGGAGGAGGAGGAGGAUGGAGAGGGUGGUUACGAGUCAAAUGGUGGGAUGGGCGGUGAGGAGGAUGAUGCGAUGCAGUACGCUAGUGAUGAUCAGGGCAAUUACGACGAUACACCGAUGGUGAUGAUCGAUGACGGAGCUGUGGAAGUGACGAUGGAAACUGAUUCGCCCGCAUCACAAGAAUCGUCCCAAGAUUCUCAAGACACGUCACAAGAUACGCAAGACUCGCAAGAAUUCCAGAAUUUAAAUGCGCAGCAUGCAACCCACGGCAAUGAGCUCGAGGUGAACGUUCCGUUCGUGGAAAGUACGGUUGGAAGUGAAGGUGAGCAGCCAGAGGACGACGAUUGUAAGGAGGUGCCCUUGGAAGGAACCGAAAUGGCGUCGGAAGGUGAUGCAGCUCAAUCGACGGAAGUAACAACGGCCAGUAGUGUACAGCAGGACACCCGAAGGAUGGAGGAACCAUCCGAGAGAAGCGAGCGAAAUGAUCCGGAGAAGCGUAGCAAUGGUCCUGGCGGGUCUUCUUCGCGUCAGUUUAAUCCAACGCUUCACUGUCCGUCGGGCAAUUCGUCCGAUGGAAGUAUGGCGGCCAAGAGAAACUGUAAACCAUCAGCCGCUUAUAUGGUCACGCAGAAGGAAUACAUCUGCUGCAGCUGGAAGGAUGACGCCGUUACUGCUGAACUCGAGAAGCUACUCUCGAACGAAGCGGCUGAGCUAGAAAUUCCUUCCUGGACAGUUAUUGAGGACGAUGACGAUGAAUCACAAGGAGGACGAGAUCAUCCGCCGGGGCCAGCUGGGGAAGAGGAUCCCGUCUCGGCGAGUGAACCUUCCCGUGAAAACAUAACCGACGAAGCGUACUCCAAACGACACAUUAAGCUCGAAAUCGACGAACGCCGCCGAAAGAAAUGGGACGUCCAGCGGAUACGCGAACAGAAAAACAUCGAACGAUUGAAGAAGCGACAGCUAAAGGAACAACCGCAGGAACAGGAAAUGCAAAAAACGAUCACCACCCUCUACCCAACGGUGGACACGCUCAAGUACAUCCAGGUGACGGAUGACGUACCGGUACAGGCGUUCGGUGAGCUUAUUCCACUGCUACCGACCAACGGUAGUUUUUCCCUACCGUGGAAUCAGCUUAAAGCGGGUCCUUCGUUUGCAAAUCCUCAAUCCUCUUCUUAUUCUUCCUCCUCCUCGUUACAACAUCCACCCCAUACGCCAUCCCUUCCGGGACCAUCCGGGACGAGCGGUAUCGGUGGUUUGCUGCUCGAGACGAAAACCAAAUUCAUACACCGGUUGGCACCGAGUCUGCAGGCGCAAAAGCAACGUUUUACCAAGCGAAUUAGGAAGGAACUUUAA